AUGGAUAUCGAUCUCGAAGAACAAAGCUUUUCGCUCGACGAUUCAGGAAGAAAGGUACCAUCAAUCUCUCCACCUACCUCUGAACCUAUCACGCUGGAGGUUAAUCCAUCAGAACAUUCAGAAGCUAAGCUAAUGGAUUCAAGAGUUCAACCAGAGAAGGAAGCUUUAGAAUCGAAUUUGAUUGAUGAUAUUGAUGCAAAUGGGUAUUUAGUUGUACAUAGUGAUUCAGAUGUUGAAGUAGAGAAUAUAAAAGACUUCGACAUGGAUUUUGAGUUUGAGAAAGAAGUAAAUGAUGAUGUGAUCGGGCAGGUUUUUGAUACUCUUGGUGACGCAUAUGAUUUCUACAAUCGCUAUGCAUUUGUACAUGGGUUUGGAAUACGUAUUCGUUCGACUUUUAAGGAUAAGACAACAAAUGAACCUUAUAGAAGGAAAUAUGUAUGCAACAAAGAGGGGUUUAAAGAUUUAAAGCGUGAUAGUUCUAAAGGAGAUGUCAAACGUCGUAGGGAAUUAAGGACCGGAUGUUAA